AUGGCUGACAGUGGUUGACGCGUAGUGCGACCAAGUGCGACGAAACGAGUCGUAUACGUAGAAUAAGAAUAGUAUUCCGGUGUACAGCUAGUACCACAUAUUUUCACACAAGAACCGCUUCUAAAUACACUGAUGGAAGUCUGAGCCCCUGUUUCCAGCCGAAGAAAACUUAUUUUUCGCUCGAGGAUCAAAGAACAAGUCGCAGAGCCCCCCUCGAAACGACCGUUUGACCAUUAAUUAUCAGUCCUCGAGGGUUGCAACAUUGAUGAUGUCGACUAAAAACAAUUUCAAGCCCCAGACCAGGUCUCAUCAAUGUUGCAGUCCCCUCCCACUGUUGACCGUCGUCGUUGGUUGUCGUCUAAUUUGGUUCGUAAUAAUUACCGACCCCAUUAAACAUUCGCGGACUGGAUGAACGUGUCAGCUGUCGUUUGUCCCAGAGACAUUAGAAACACGUAGCCGACUUCUGUCUGGUCUGGUGCCGCAGGUGGGACGUUCUUAUUGCGUACGCGAGGACUAUAAGUGCGGAUAGCUUAUUAGUUGCACAUAGGAACGAAACUUCGCGAUGAAACUCUGCGGAAAAGUCUGAAGAAUUAAUGUGUUUCCUGUAUUCGAUAAAAGAGAAGGUUCUUUCGGAAGGUUCGCUGCUCGGAGAUAAAGAAGUUUCGAGAGUACACUCAUACAUACGGACACACGCACACAUAAUCCGAUGCUCGGUGGCACGUGUUCGUUACCGGCCGUCGAUCACCCGAAAAGCGGUGCCAUUUGUGCAAAGGCCUACACAAUUGCCUCGCACAAAGAUCCAGCUAUAGGAUUUCAAGGAUUUCAAGCAAUCGAAGCUACAGGAACCAUCUCUAUUAAUAAAAUACACCGCAAUCGCAAGAGCCACCAAUUCCCGGAAACUUCCGCAAACGAGACCAGCUGGAACAAUUUUUGCUGAUCCGAAUCUUCGUCGGUCAUGCAAGAUACGAGGAGCGACCUAUUAUAACGGCAGAUCGAAGAUUAGGGUCGUGAUACGACCGGAGGGUGGAGGAGGGGGUGCGAGCAAUUGUUCUUCGUUGGUUCCGACUGACAUUCUCGGAUUGGCCAGACCGUCUGGCUUCCUUGACCACUCGAAACGCGUGUUGACUACUCACCCCUAACGACUCAGGGGCGGAACGAUCGUUCUGCUCGUCCCUGCGCACGCGUCGAGGGGCGGGAAUCACCCUGCUCGGGGACGAAUUGGAAAUUCUUCCGGAGGAACGGUAUGCAGAAGGUACCACGUGACGUCAGACGUCAACAGGGUGGACUGGAACUUCGAGUCUGGAAGUUUGGAACCAGUUGGUCUCGAAGAAGCGUCGAGGAUCUCGAAGACAUAGAUACUUCCGGUGAUAACUGGAGAAACUUGUGAAACACCUCGUUCACCUUGAAAGUGGCAGGGUGGCAAAAUUCGCGUGGCCUGAGAAACAUUGAUCGUUAACAGCAAGGUUCGUCUCGACCUGGACCAGGAGGAUCGAUAAGGCGAUGACGUCGAAGAGGAAACGUCCUCAGCGCGACGAAGAAUGUAUUUUUUAUUUCAAAUUGAUUGGUAAUUAGUACACUCGAUGUACACUCCAUAGGACAAAUGGAACCCUGCAGGAGUUUUCCUGUGCGUCUCAUCGACUGUUACGUUCGGUUCAUAAUUUCUGCGUGUUCGAUGCGUUGAUGAGAGAACAGAGUAAUCCGAUAUUGACUUCACGUGACUCGAUCAGUGUCCACGAGUUUCGCAAGGAUUUCUCGAAGGAAUGAGCUCCCACGCGCAUGCAAGGACGAUUUGUACCGGAAGCACAGUGUCCGGCGCAUUCUCUGCGUUGCACCUAUUGAGGAGUUACAACCUCUUCGGACCCACCUCAGACUUGUACAGAUACGAGGCAUGCAACUCUAGAGACCACGGCUUCGGGGAUCGUGACGUUCUAAAUUCUAAUACACCGGACACCACGAUCGGUCGUACGCCAUCGCCAUUGACACCAUCGUCGCUGACAGCAACGUUUACACUUCCGGGAUCCUUGCUCCAGCCUCCAUUUUUAUCGACUGUGCCACCUUUAAUGCAACCCCUGAGCGUGCCUCAACCAUUCUCGAACGUAAAUACGAGCAUGGUAACUCGUCACCUUCUGGGCUCGAACGGGAUCACGAACGUGCAGCGACGUCCUAGAAGCGAGAAAAAGCCAAUUCCUGACAAUCAGAAGGACGAGAAAUAUUACGAGAGACGUAAACGCAACAAUCAGGCUGCGAAGAAGUCCAGGGAUGCUCGGAAAAUUCGAGAGGACCACAUAGCGCUACGAGCGACUAUGUUGGAGCACGAGAACGCAAUUUUGAGGGCGCAGAUAAUAACACUUAGAGAGGAAGCGCAAUCUCUUCGACAUAUGUUAAUUAAACAACAAAGGCCGGCAUUGCAGACCAUUCAGAAUUCAUUCUCGUCGAUAACCCCUAUUAAAUUAUCGCCGGCACAGUCUACGCCAAUUUUGGAUUGUCAAAUUUGAAAUGAGCGUUAUAAAAAAAAAAAUCAUAAUAAUGGAAAUUAGUGAUUAAAGUGGUUGGUCAGACACGUUUCUACUAGUCCAGAGUGUUACGAUAACGGUUUCCAAGUUUUAUUUAUUUAUUUGCUCGACAAUAGUCUGUUUCACGAUCAAACAGAUAUUUGGUGGUUGUCGGUAAUUUAUUGUUUAGAAGAAAAUUUUUCCAACACUUUUAUAGGACAAAUAUUGACAAACAUGUCUAAGAAUAUAUAUGAUUAUUAUUGAAUUCAGUGUCAUCAAUGAAAUCAGUAUAAAACUAACAUAAAUGUACUAAACAAUACGUCGUAAAUUUGGAGGCACGUGGCUGUAGAUAUUUCACGCUAGAAUUUUAUUUCCCUAAAUUAUAUAGCGAAAUUAGUGUAAAUAGCGAACGAUGUAUCAUUUUGUAACUAUUGGUAAAUAAAAAUCUACGCAUCGUACAAAAUAGUCUCAGCGUUACGUAAUCAUUAUUUUAAAAUAGAUAACAUUGAAUUUGACGUACUGAAUACUUCUGGUAAACAGCGGUAAACAGAACUUGCGCAUGCAGGUUGGUAUAAAAAUAAAAGUCCCAUCGUAAUCUUGAGCCAAG